AUGGAUACAACACUGAUAGGGCUGAACACUCGAAAGAGCCCGAAUAAUACGCUGCUGGGCCCAGAACAAUCCCAGCGUACAGAAAUAUUUGCGUACAAUAACCAUCACGAAAGCAUUUUUGAUGAUGCUCGGUAUUUCCCGAGUUUGAGCGGUGCAGAUGAGUCUGUGGUGAAGUUUGACGAAGCAACUCCAAGCUAUAUUAAUAGAGCCACUCUACAGGCGCUUUUGGUACAUAUGACAUCGCCUGAUGUCAUAGAUUACAAUCUUUUAUGUGACUUUUUCCUCACGUACCGUACGUUCUCGAAUGCUCACACGGUAAUGAACUUACUCCUCAUAAGGCUCGUUUGGGCAUUGCAAUACGUAAAUUCGGGAUCUGAAGAUACGGAGAAGAUUGGAAAACUUGUCCUUCUACGCACAUUUGUGGUAAUGCGGCACUGGCUUCUAAAUUACUUCGUAGAUGACUUUGAACCCGAUGACAAAUUACGCGAUCGCUUUGCCCUGAAUAUGAAUAGUAUCACUAGCGAGUCGCUGUUCAUUUCGCAGGAAAACGUGUUUGAGCUCAAAAUUAUCACAGAUCUCAAAACGCAUUACUUAACUCAACUCAACCAAUUCUUUGGCACCAACUAUAAAGUUGAUGAUAAGCAAGAGGUCUACAAGAUGUUGCUUCCACUCUCUACCGAUAAUAGAAAUCAGAACAAGCUCCAGAAGUCCCAUACAGAGUCUUCAAUUCAUACAAACCCAUCCUUCCGGAGGCUGGCAAUGUUAUCGUUAUACGAUCUUCGAACCCACCACAAAUGCCUUGUUUUCGAAGGCGAUUCUGAGGAAGAAAAUCCACAGCUAUCCAUCCAAAAUCUUAUAUGUCACCAUAAAUCGUCCAGAGUCUCUUUGAACGACCGCCUUCAGGAGUUCAGAUCAUCACGAAUCCACAAACAGAACAUUUCUUCACGCAAGCCUCUACUGAGCAAGCAAUUGACCCCAAAAAAUAACUAUAUGAACAUCAAUAACUCUUCCCUUGCGCUCAAACGGACUGCUCGCCCUAAUGACAAUCAAGUGACCCUCAGCCAAAGCAAACUCGACCCAGGCUUUUCCACAAACGGUAAUAUCAAGCUUCCCACAUCUAGAAUUUUCAGAAUUGUGCCCUCAUCUCCUGUUAAAAAAAUGGAGAUUGAGUUGAGAGAUGAUUAUCUAGGCUCACCUAGAAGAAACACUCAAGGCUUUAGUCAUUCAAUUUUCAGGACGGACAGUCUCGCUCGCAAGGAUUCAUUUAAGAAAAUGAUGGAUGGUUGGAAAAAAUCAUUUCAGAAUGACUCAAAAAUGGUUUCUUCGGAUAAUCCUUUUAUCUAUCCAGAUCCCCAAGAAGGCGAGUCUCAUGUCCCAGCAGAGGUACAUGAUAUCAAUACGGCUAUGAGCUCUGGAAAAAUGUCGCUUCGAUCCGAUGUGCUCAGUGCUCGUAUUAUUGAUGAGCUCGAGUUUCUCAUCAGAUGUUAUGUUAAUGAAACCGGAAGUGGCCAUGAAAGCGCAAUGAAAAGAGCUACUGUCGCAUACUCGCGGUUGAGCAAAAACAAUGGUAAUACCAGGAUAAGCUCUUCAGGAAGUGUUUUGAUACAUAACCAUGAAAGCAGGUCUGAGGCACAUCUCCAAAACAUUCUAGAGAAAAAUAAUUCACAGAUUUUGAAUCAAUCAGCCACAGAAGAGCAGAAUCUUGAUAACAUUGAGCAAAAAUCAUCUCGUAUCAGCUCUUCUGAUUUUGUUCAAGGAGGUUCAGAAGCUUCUGGACAAUCUAGAGACUCAUCAUUUCACGGAAGAGUUACAAGUAUAGACUGGAAUGAUGAAGAUCUAAAAUUCGAGAACUCCGGUGAAAUCACCGCAAGGGAUCUCACCUUCCUGAGUCCCCUCACUCCAGAUUUCGACACACCGAAAAGCGACGAUUUUCCAAAGAAUCGUUCCUCACAGUCCUCCGGAUAUCGGUCCAGUGAUUUAGAUAGACUCAAUGAUGAGAUUCACGACUUGUCAAUAGCAAUGAGUCCUCAGUCAAUGAAAAGAAAGCCAGUCCUCCUGAAGGUUAAUCACUUUGCAGAUGCUCUGAGUACCCGCCGGUACUCCAAAUAUUCGCUCUCUUCAAAUCACUCGAGGAGAGAUUCGCUCAAGUCUUACAUGACGUAUGAUUCAGCUUUGUCUUUCCCUGUUGAUGGUCCGGAGAAUUCUCCCACAGGACCCAGUCUCAAGAAGAAAGUUGGCUGUCAUGACCUCCGUAAAAUGUUGCAAGACACAGCUAAAGAUGAUGCACCGGAAAUCACCGGUAAAUCUGCGGAAAAGACUCCGUCUAUACGAAGAAACUCAAUAGUGUCGCAUGUGUCGAAAAACCUGUCUCUUCGCCGCAGUGUUAGGUUCAGUACACUACACGAUUUGAACGAACUUCCUUUUAAUGACUAUGACACAAGCAUGGGGUCAUCACAGCGCAAGAUGCAGCUUCGUUUAUCCGACUUGGCCACCGUGAAUUCAAUUUUUUCUCAAUCGGUCAGCGUCAGAAACAAUUCUUGCAAGGAAGAAUGCGUAUCGUUUGACGCUUCUUCAACAACAUCGGCAACAGUUCCAGGUAUUAACACACAUGUACUCAAGGAAUUGGCUGCUAUUCCAGACGAAUCCUUUUCUGCAAGAAACCCAAUCAAGAGUGCUUUGUACAAAUUGGAGGGAAUUAGCGGCCUGAACUCCAAAACAAAUACUUCACUUGCAAGCCAUGAUUCAAUGUUCAAUAUUAGUUCUCCUGCCGUGUUUGAAAAAGCUCAAAGACUGCAAUCUUUGCAAGUGGUACAGGAAACGAAUUCAAAUGGAAUGGACACAGAAACAAGACAGAUUUUGGAUGAAAUUGAGAAUGCAGAUACAGAAGAUGCUAUAGAGUAUUCUUCUGAUAUAGAGGAAGCACUCGCAAAGAAACCUCUUACACCAAUAAAAACUCGUCCAAAAAGUAUGAUCAAAGUCUCUCUCUCCGCCUCCAAUAUUAACUCAUACUUGUUGGGAACUGCCGCCGAAAACAGAGCAUCUACAGGCCUUCUUAAUCCAAAAUUCGUUUUGGAAGAAUACACCAUUGUAUCUGACAAACUCAAAGUGGAAAACAUCUUGGAAUCGGGUACACAUGUCCCAUUUAUAUUGAGUUUCAGCUCUCGGAACUUAGCAGAACACUUCACCAUCAUUGAGAAGGAUAUGUUGCAAGAAAUUGACUGGAAGGAGCUCAUUGAGCUACAGUGGAACAAGGAUUUGACACCUGUGAACAGCUGGUUAGAGAUUAUUGCAAAUGAGAGCUACUACAAUAACAACAAGGGAGUGAAUUUGGUGAUUGCGCGUUUCAACCUCAUGGUAAAUUGGAUUAUUUCGGAGAUUCUUCUCACUAAAGAUGAGAGCGAGAGAAUAGAUGUAAUCUCACGAUUUAUUCAUACGGCGCAUCACUGUUUCAACAUGCAAAACUUUGCAACACUCAUGCAAAUUAUUUUGGCACUCACCAGUGAAAGGCUCAACAAAUUGCGUAGUACAUGGAACAAGCUAGCACCGGGAGACAUUUUGACAUUAAAAAACCUUGAACAGUUGGCUUCGCCAGUCAAGAAUUUCUACAACAUCCGCUUGUGCACGAAUGAGAUUGUCCCCUCGCGCGGAUGCAUUCCAUUUGUGGGUCUCUAUCUAUCAGAUCUUGUGUUCAACGCUGAAAGACCAAAAUUCGCGAAAUCAAAACAAACCGCGCCAAACACAUCUGGCAAUGACGAUUCAAUGGGCACAGUAGGCGACUUGAGUGGUGAAAUUGUAGGUGAAGAUGAGAGGAUGAUCAAUUUCUCAAGGUUCAGAACUUCAGUGCACAUCGUGAAAUCAUUGUCCCAGUCCAUCGAAUGGGCUAGUCAGUAUGACUUCUUGGUCGAUGAUGAGCUACUAAGAAAGUGUCUAUACAUCAAAUCUUUGGACGAAGAUGAGAUGAAAAAGUGUACCGAAAUACACUCGAAAACGAGCACCGAGACAGAAACAGAUGCAUAG